AUGGGCCGCGAAGUCAUGUCCGCCUACCGCCGCCGCAACUUCUCCACCUCCCUCUCUCCUUCUCGCUCUUCCUCGGCGACCAACAGCAGCAUGGAGUCUCUCGCCGACGCUACCGUCACCGUACCCAGCAACCUCACACCACAGCGCAAGCACCACAAGCUGCUCAAGGACGGCAGCGAGGUCUGGUCCAAGGACGUCGAGAAGAUCUUUGUCGAGGGCCUCCGCCAGUACUGGCAAUCACCCUGGGCGACCUACUCCCGCGGCCGCAGCCGGUGGCGGAAUCAGUUUCUCGUCGAUCACCUCAAGCGCGCAGGGAUCGAGCGCACCAAGAAGCAGGUCGCGAGCCACAUCCAGGUGCUCCGCAACAUGUGGAGAGGCACCCCAGAGUUCCACCUCGUCGCAGGGGGCGAGGAGCUGUUUCAGGAGAACGGGCUUCUCGCGCACACGAACAAGAAGCCCACCCCGGCACCCUCAGAAACGCCCGCGCCGCACAUGCGCGACCUCCCUGAUACAUCUGCGGGCUCAUCCUCGUCUUCGUCUACGCCGGAAUUCAGCGCACUGGACUUUCCGCUCGAGCUGCAGACCGCUAGUUCGUUCCCCACGCUCCCGCUGUCCGCGCACAUGUCUUCCUUUUCCGAUCUCGCGCUCGACGACGGCCUGGGCACCGCUAUGUCACCUCUCACCGAGUCCAGCUUCGGCGCCCUGUCCUCGUCACCACACGCGGCGCACCUCGCACCGCUAAACGUCAAGCUAGAACCGCUCGCGAUGGACCCGACCCUCUUCUCUCUCCCGCAAGGCGCAUACGUCGACGGCGCACACUCCACCACAGAUUAUGCCCCGCACAUCCCCGUCCCGCCCCCGAACCGCAUCAUGAACCUGCACUUCUGGGCGGAGGGCAUGGUCCCGCUCUCCGUGGACGUCGACCGGCUCGUCGGCUCGACGCCCGCCAUGCCCGCGCGCAUCUUCCUGCACUUCCGCGUCUCCAUGCCGCCCGUCGCGGACCUGCGCGUGCCCCCCGCGCUGCAGGGCGUUGGGGGCGCGGUGUCCUUCGCCGCGCGCUGGGCGAGCCUCGCGAAGUGCCAGACGAAGAGCUGGGGCGCGGGCCGCACCGUCGUCUCGCAGGAGCUCGGGCUCUUCGCGCAGGUGCCCACCCCGGAGGUGCAGGCCGGCCCCAACGACUCGCCCCAGCUGGUGUUCGCGUACCUGCCUGAUUCUGCGCUCAGCCGCUGCCACUGGCUCGACACAGUGCAGACGAUUACGCAGCAGGUCGUCGUCGACAACGAGGUGCUCGCAGUGCUCGUGUAUCACAUCGAGCGCGUAGCCGACGCCGCGCGCACGACGCCCGCGAUGGAGCUCAUCGGGUUCCAGAAGUACCCCUGGCGCGGGGCGCAGCAGCCGCACCAGCCACAGCAGCAGCAGCAUUCUCAGCACCCUCAUCACCACCACCACCCGCACAUGCAGCAGCACUCGCCGCACGCGUUCACCUCGCCCCCCGUCUCGCCUACGUCCCCGUCGUUCUCGGGCGAGUACCCGAGCGCGCCCGUCUCGCCCACGUCGCCCAUGUUCAACGCGCAGGGCGCGAUCUCAAAUGGGGGCGUCGACGGCAUGAUGCCGUACCACUUCCAGCACCCGCCCUUCGAAUUUCAUUCCCGGUAA